AUGGAUCAAUUAUAUAUUGAAAUUGAAAUAAAUACACGUAAUGAUAAUACAGAAAUAUAUAGCAGUAUAGAGUCUUUUAUGGCUUUAUAUGUGUACCGGUACUUGCAAUCGCCUUCAAACAUUAAAUUGAAUUUCGUGCGGACAACCAUUCAGGGGGGCAAACUUCGUUUACGUUCAGAAUACCUUAGACGUGAGUUAACUGAAGAGAAAAUUCAUUGCAAAAAUGCAACAAGUGUAGAGGCCAUAAGAGACCUGAGACUGCCUAUCUAUGCAAAAGACGAAAAUACCUUUAUCGCCGGUAUGUGCGCUGUUUGCAGGGAACUUGUAGCGCGGCAGGAAUGCCUAGAACGACGCAAGUUAUUGGGUUUUAAAAGUGCUUGUUUGCUGGUACCAGCAGAAUCUUCUAUUUGGACACGAUUUUGUGAAGUUGAUAUCGUGGAUGCCAUGAAUCGGUUAUUGAGUACCUUGCAGUCGGGUGGUAGCUUGGACGAAAUUCCGAAAGAAGUACCACGAUUUGAACGACACAUGAACGAACCAGUACGAAUGCAUAAUAUUUACAAAACCGCCCGUGAGCAGGCAAAACAACAGAAUUCUGGUGCUGGAACAAAAAAGAAAAACAAAGUAAUACUCGAUUGUAGAGUACCUAAAGAGAAGUUACCAAUUGAACAUCGGUUUGCUGAAGGCAUUAGUUUUACCAUUGCAGAUAUAAUUUUAUAUACGUUCAUGCGUUUAAUAUUUAAAUAUUGCAAAGAUAUGCUACUGCUUUUUCCAUUAACCUCUACAUGGCUUAGUGAGAUUGACAUUUUUGAUCCCAGUUGUUAUCGCAUAUUGAACGAAUUGUAUCUGCAUGAACAACGUUAUGAAUCAUCAACUCUACUUACUAUACCAGAUUGUGAACCUGCCAGCCUUUAUAAGAGCGAUCCGAAGCGCUAUAAACCUCGAAACCGAAUCUAUACUGAGCAAAGUGAAGUAGAUGCUGCAUUGACUAAAUUAGAAAAGUUGCAGCUGCAGUUUAGUAGUGAAUCCACAAAUACAUAUGAGAAAAAUCAUAUCGAUUGGGAAGUAAUAGAACCUGAUCAAGAAAAAAAUUCGGCAUUACCACGCGAACGUAUUAUACGUAAACGUCAGCAAUUACAGAAUGUAGCUAAUGCAGUGGUCUCAUUAGCAAUACCAGGCAAUAGAAUCAUUGAUUUUUGCAGCGGCACAGGUCAUUUAGGCAUAUUGUUAGCUUUACAAUUACCAGACUGCAUAAUUAUAUUGAUGGAAAACAAGGCAAUAUCUUUGGAGCGAGCAAAAUUGCGGGCCAAAAAAUUAGGUCUGAUAAAUUGUCGCUUUUAUCAGUGCAAUAUUGAUUAUUUCGAGGGACAUUUUGAUGUUGGUACAUCAUUGCAUGCUUGUGGCACCGCGACGGAUAUAGUACUUCAGCAGUGUCGUCGAUCGCGUGCAGGAUUUGUUUGCUGUCCUUGUUGUUAUGGAUCACUGCAACCAAUGCCACACAUCACAUAUCCGUUAAGCGAAUGCUUCCGGUCAACAUUGACCGAAAGAGAUUAUUUGUAUAUAGCGCAUACGGCCGACCAAGCCCAUGAGUUGGGUACCUUAAAUUGUCGUCCAGAAACUACACGUCAAGGGCAGUUGUGUAUGGAUAUAAUUGAUACAGAUCGUAAACGGCAAGCUGAAGAAGUCGGAUAUGAUGUAAUUCUGACUCGCUUAAAGCCAGAACAAUGUACGCCUAAAAAUCGUUUGUUGGUCGGACGUAUUACGAAAGAUAGCUGACAUAUAAUAUGUUUGUAUUAAGUUACUGAUGACUACGACAUUUUUUUGUUAAGACUCUUUUACCAAGUAAAUGUAUCAGUUUUUAUUAGAAAA